AUGGAUUGUUGUUCACAAGGCAAUUUUCAACCAUCGUAUGAUCCAUUACCUGAUAAUAUCGAGUUCUUUUUCGCUGGCGGUGUUCCUGCACCGACAAGUGGAAUUUACCAGCUGACAGAAGCUCCACCCGGCGGUUUAUCAAGUUUAGGACCACGAGUGGAUCCACAAAUAUUGAACGUUGGGAAUCCGAAACCAAAGGCGAACUCAUCUCCAAACUAA